CUGGGUGGGCGGGGCCCGGGCGCUGCGGCGGCGGGCCCGCAGUGCGAACGGCCGGAGCGCAAGGCGACGCGACGCGGGCCCGCGGGGAGCGCGCGGCGCCUGGGUGUCCUUCCCCGCCCGCGCCCGGCCCGGCCGUCUGCCCGUCGCCCCGCCGGACCGGAACUAUGUGCUCCCGGAAGUUCCGGCGCCAUUGCUGUGUGGGAUAAACAGUAAUGGCGGAGGCUGCAGCUCCCGGAACAACAGCCACACCAUCAGGAGCAGGAGCGGCAGCAGCGGCGGCGGCGGCGGCGGCGGCGGCGGCCUCCCCCACCCCGAUCCCCACCGUCACCUCCCCGUCCGCGGGGGCGGGGGCCGGGGGAGGCGGCUGCGACGGCGGCGGCGGCGGCUGGACCAAGCAGGUCACCUGCAGGUACUUCAUGCAUGGGGUUUGCAAGGAAGGAGAUAACUGUCGCUACUCGCAUGACCUCUCCGACAGCCCGUACGGCAUAGCGUGCAAGUAUUUUCAGCGAGGCUACUGUAUUUACGGAGACCGCUGCAGAUAUGAACAUAAGCCAUUGAAACAAGAAGAAGCAACCGCCAUAGACCCACCCUCGAGCCCGGCUCUGGCUGCUUCCUCUACUCUCACAUCUGUCGUGGGACCAACUGCUGAAAUGAACCCGGGCCACGCCGAGUCGGGAAGUUCAAGCUUUGCAGCUGUAGGAGCAGGCUCCGAAGACUGGGUGAAUGCCAUUGAGUUUGUUCCCGGGCAGCCCUACUGCGGCCGGACGGCCCCUUCCUGCACUGAAGCACCCCUGCAGGGCUCAGUGACCAAGGAAGAAUCAGAGAAAGAGCAAACGGCUGUGGAAACAAAGAAGCAGCUUUGCCCCUAUGCUGCGGUGGGCGAGUGCCGGUAUGGGGAGAACUGUGUGUAUCUCCACGGAGACUCAUGUGAUAUGUGUGGGCUGCAGGUCCUCCAUCCAAUGGAUGCUGCCCAGAGAUCCCAGCACAUAAAAUCUUGCAUUGAGGCCCAUGAGAAGGACAUGGAGCUCUCUUUCGCCGUACAGCGCAGUAAGGAUAUGGUGUGCGGGAUCUGCAUGGAGGUGGUCUACGAGAAGGCCAACCCUAGCGAGCGCCGUUUUGGGAUUCUGUCCAACUGCAACCACACCUACUGUCUCAAAUGCAUCCGCAAGUGGAGGAGUGCUAAGCAGUUCGAGAGCAAGAUCAUAAAGUCCUGCCCUGAAUGCCGGAUCACAUCUAACUUUGUCAUUCCAAGUGAGUACUGGGUGGAGGAGAAAGAAGAGAAGCAGAAACUCAUUCAGAAAUACAAGGAGGCAAUGAGCAACAAGGCAUGCAGGUAUUUUGAUGAAGGCCGUGGGAGCUGCCCAUUUGGAGGGAACUGCUUUUACAAGCACGCCUACCCUGACGGCCGUAGAGAAGAGCCACAGAGGCAGAAAGUGGGAACAUCAAGCAGAUACCGGGCCCAACGAAGGAACCACUUCUGGGAGCUCAUUGAAGAGAGAGAGAACAGCCACCCCUUUGACCACGACGAUGAGGAGGUUGUCACCUUUGAGCUGGGCGAGAUGCUGCUCAUGCUUUUGGCUGCAGGUGACGACGACCUGACAGACUCUGAAGACGAGUGGGACUUGUUUCACGAUGAGCUGGAGGAUUUCUAUGACUUGGAUCUAUAGCGGCUUUGCGCACUCGGACUGGGCCUGGGUUCCUGCCGCCGUCCCCUGUGGUGGUGUGGCAGCACCCGUGUCCCUGUCUCAGGCAGGCCUCGCCACUCCAGGUGCUGUCGGAAUCACUCAUACCCAGGGCCUGUCCUCGCAGCCCCCCUUAGCCCUGCCCUCACCCUCACCCCAGGAGUGUGUCUGUUUUGUUUCCAAAAGUUACAAAAAAAAAAAUAAAUCUUCAAGUUAGU